GGUCACCGAACCAUUCCAGAAGGUGAUGGACGCUUCCGUGUGAUCGUCAAGAAGACACGACCUCUUCUGGGGAUUGCAAUAGAAGGUGGUUGUGAUACAACUCAACCUUUACCGAGAAUCAUCAGUAUACACAGUUCCGGUGCUGCUUUCGAAGCGGGAGGCUUAAAAGUAGGGCACAUUAUAUUGGAAGUGGAUGGCAUCGACAUGCAUCGACGACCCCACAGUGAGGUAGCUCAGCUUAUAGCACACGCUUUUUAUAGCACGGAUAGGGAUCAGGUUGAGUUCUUAGUCAUGGAAACGAAUAGGAAUAUGGAAUCUGAGAUCCGACGGACUUCUAUCAUGUUGUUUGACUGA